CUGUGACUGUAUUGUCAUGAUGUGCGAGUUUACUCCCUCUUGGGUGUUAGAAGAUGUUAUAAGUGAGAAAGUCAAUCUUGAACGAUGGGCUGUAAAAAAUGUUGUGCAUAUGUUAGAGAAUGGAGCCACUAUUCCUUUUAUCGCUCGCUACCGGAAAGAACAAACGGGGGCAAUGGAGGUAGACAAACUUCGUGAAAUCAAAACGCAAACGGAGGAGUUGAAAGGGGUUCAGCAGAAGAUCUUCACAGUGCUGACAGGGCUACAGAAGCAAAACAAACUCACGGAGCAAAUUAAGAGAAGCAUUAGAAAUGCAGAGUCUCUUACAGAAGUAGAAGACUUGUAUGCACCAUACAAACCAGGAAACAAGGGAACACUGGCAGAAAGAGCCCGAGCAUUGAACCUCGAGUCUGUUGCCAACGACUGCAUAUACAGUCCUAGAAAAGUAGACAUUAAAAGGUGCAUUAAAAAAGAUGUAAAAGGACUAUCAUCAGAGAAAGAAGUCCAGACUGGAAUUCAACACAUCAUAGCAGACAUUAUUAACAGGGAUGACAGUGUCAUCAAAUCCAUUAAAGAGCUAUGUAAGGCAAAUGGUGUUACAAUUGAAUGCUCCAAAUUUGUAGUAUCCAAAAAGUUAGGUGCUAAAACCUUGGAAAAAGCUGAGAAGGCACAACAGUCUAGUUACAAAUUUGAAAACUAUUUUGACUUCAAGGGAUCUUCAAAGAGUAUCAGGCCACAUCAAGUACUGGCAAUCAACAGAGGGGAGGAACAGAAGAUUUUAACUGUGAAGUAUACAAUUCCUGAAAGUAUUCAUCAUCGAUUUGAUAGCUCUGUGGAAAGGAAGUACAUUAGGUAUGACUGUACUGAUGCUGUGAGGAGUCUGAUAAAAAAGGCUAUAGAAGACUGCUGGAACAGACUGGUACAGCCACAGAUCAUCCGACAAAUCAGGUCAGAGCUAACAAAAUUUUCUCAGAAAUCCUCCAUUGAUGUUUUUUCUUCCAAUCUACGGAAUCUGCUUUUGUCUGCCCCAUUAAAAGGCCACAGCAUCCUGGGAAUAGACCCUGGCUUCAAAAAUGGCUGUAAAUGUGCUGUUAUUUCACAGACUGGUCAGGUCUUACAUACAGAUGUUGUUUACUUAAACUUGUCUCUGGAAAUGAAGAGAAAACUAGGGCAAGCAACAGAGAGAUAUGGAUGUAAGUACAUAGCCUUAGGAAAUGGAACAGCUUGCAGGGAGACAGAAAAAAUUCUUACAGAGGUUGUCCAAAGAACAUCUACAAAAUACUGCAUUGUUAAUGAGGAUGGUGCAUCUAUCUAUAGCUGCUCAGAGUUAGCUCAAGCAGAACUUCCCAAUCUUGACCCGACACUGAGGGGGGCUGUUUCUAUUGCAAGAAGAUUGUUAGAUCCCUUGGCAGAAUUGGUGAAAAUUGAUCCAAAGCACAUAGGUGUCGGUCAGUAUCAGCAUGAUAUACCAGAGAGUCAGUUAAAGGCAGCCUUAGACUCCGUAGUGGAAGAGUGUGUCAGCUUUGUUGGGGUGGAUCUAAAUACAGGCAGUGAGGCCUUGUUAAGAAGAGUUGCAGGGCUGAAUCUUUCGAAAGCCAAGAGUCUCAUCGAGAGACGAGAGAAAAUGGGCCCAUUUACCAACAGAAACCAGUUGAAGUUUGUAAAAGGAUUAGGGGAUAAAUCUUUUCAGCAGUGUGCAGGAUUUCUUAGAAUUUCCCAGUCUACUUAUGUUGUAGAUGUAGAAAGCAUAAACCAUUCUGACAUUUCUUCAAUACCUGUAAAAAGACAGAAUGGAUCAGAUGAUCCAAUUCUGAUCUCUGAUGAAGAAGAACCAUCAAAAGUAAGGAAAAGAAAAGCUACAAAUGCCAAGGUUCCAAGUAAAGUGAAGAAAAGACGGACAAGCUGGGAUCUGGAGCCUCUGGAUCAAACAUGGAUUCAUCCAGAAUCUUAUGAUGUGGCACAAAAGCUGGAGGAGCAAAUAGGUAUUAAAUCAUCAGAUAUUGGUCAGGACCACUGUAUCAAACAAGUGAAGGAGUACCAGAGAAAACAUAGUAUGAAGGAAAUAAACCGAAAUUUACAAAUAGGGGAGCCUACUCUACAGUUGAUAUUGGAUGCAUUUGUCCAGCCAUGUGGAUAUGAUAUCAGAGAAAAACAUACCAAACCACUGUUCAAGGAGGGAAUUCGUGAUAUUGCCAGUCUGAAGGAAGGAACAGCAUUGACGGGAAAAGUGACCAAUGUGACUCAUUUUGGGGCAUUCGUGGAUAUCGGUGUGGGAAGGGAUGGACUAAUUCACAACUCCAAUAUGAGAAGGACAGAAUUACAGCUAGGUUACCGUGUUGAGGUCCGUGUUAUAAAAAUAGACAGGACAACAAAUCGAAUUGGGUUAAGUCUAGAACAGAAGCUGUAAAUUUAAGAGUUGUGCAUCAUGGGAAAUUUGUUGUUUAAUGAUACACAAAAUCUUUUAUAUUCUGCAACUGAGUGCUAUUUUCAGAUAAAAUUAUGUUGUCAGAUUUUGACUAGGUAUCCAAAUUGUCAUUGGUUUACAUGUGUAUCAAGAGAAGGGAAUUUUAUUUUAUUGUUUUUAAAUGAGCAUAUUUAUUUAGAGAUUUGUCUCCGAGAAAAUGGAGAUCUCAUGCAUAAAGAAAUGCAUCAAAAACAAGAUUACAGUUUUUUUUUUUUUUUUAU